CCCUGCCUGCGUCUUCGCCGCCUCCUCUCACUCGGGCACGAUGGAGGACGAGGAGGGCUACACGGCUUUGAACCUGCGUCCCAAGCGUGGCAGAUCGGAUGGCCCGUCCCCAGGGGGGAACCAAGGUUCCCGCCAGUGUCCUGGCUGGCUUCAGGUCGCUUUAGGGGCUGGGAAUCUCAUCCUGUCUGUGAUAUUGCUGGCGGUGUGUGUUUCCCACUUCAUGUCCGAGAAGGGACAGAGCCCGGCAGCUCCUGGGAGCGACGGAGCCGGGAGCAGAGAUACAGCGACACCCCCUGGGAGCGAAGACACCUGCACGGCAGAAUGCAGCGCCUGCCUGGAGCGUUUCCGAUCCCAGCUAAGCCAACGUCUUUGCCACCCGGCCCCGCCCGGCCCAGCAGGGGGCUCUGGGUGCAAACUCUGCCCCACGGACUGGCGGCUGCGUGGGGACAAGUGCUACUGGGUCGGCGGAGGAAGUAAAACGUGGAGCGAAAGCCGCGCCAACUGCUCAGCGAGGGGCUCCCAGCUGCUGGUGAUCCGGGACCAGGAGGAGCUGGAGUCCCUACAGGACCUGACAGGAGGCACGUCUCAGUUCUGGAUUGGAUUGUCCCGGCCCUCCCCGGAGAAGGCCUGGACCUGGCUGGACGGCUCCCGGCUGGAUCAGACCCUGUUCCCGGUGUCAGGCCCGGCUGAGGGGAACAGCUGUGGAGCGGUGGAGGGGAAUCGGAUUCAUUCUGACACCUGCAGCUCUGGAUUUCAGUGGAUUUGCCAGCAAGACGCCGUCCCGCUCUGAACAGGGUACGGGGGAGAUCUCAGAGCGCGGCACUGUUACCCCCAUUUCACAUGUGGGGAAACAGAGCCACAGACACUGACCUGCCCAAAUUACACUGAGAAUUAGUGGCAAAGUGGGAAAUGGAACCUAGGAGUCCUGGCUCCCAACCCAGUAGCCCCUCCCUCUUGCCCAGAGCUGGGAAUAGAACCCAGGAGUCCUGGCUUCCAGUCCUACCUCAGCCUAUAGAACAGCAAUUCCAAGCUCUGGCUUCGCAUAUUCCAGCAGGGGCUGGAGAGCGCUGCGGGGGCCGGGCUUGGGCCAUAGGUAUCAGGCUCUGCACAGCCAGGGGGAAAUUUAUCCCUCACCCCCCCAGGACUGGGAGAGAAGAGUCUGCCCCAGGUCACGUAACUCAGCACAGAUUCGGUGUCCAAUGGAGCAGAACUGAUCAACACCAGCUGGGGAUCUGGGCUUUCCCCUGUAUUUCACCCCCGAUUAAUUUCCUUUCACCUCUUGGACAGGUUCCGCUGUCAGCUCCCUUCCCUGGCCCGUCCACUGCUCCCGUCCAGCCUGUGACCUGAUGCAUUUCUGCCCAUCCUGCCCUAACGGAUCGUUAACUCCUGUCACUAACGAGGGGAUCUCAGCUUCAGAGGUGUCUGUGUGGAUGUGCUGUCCGCUUGCUACCUCCUUAGAGCACUUUAAGGAGAUCAAUGUCCCCAACCCCAAUCCCAAAUGGAAACUUUCCCUGUGCAUUAUUUGACGCUCUCUGGGGUCGGUGUCUCUGUCGGAGGAGCCGGGUUGGGGUGCUCCGUGGCAGUGAGUGGGGAACUGCGGGGAGGGCUGGGGGCUAGCGAACGCCCUGUUACCCAGUGGCCCGGCAGCCCAGGAGGAGAUGGACUGGCGAAGCUGGAGGGCGGGCGGCUGGCCAGGCUGAGAAGCGACCUUCCAAACAGACCCAAGUGUCUUUAGGAGCCGCCCCUGAGACAACUGGGCUUGUGAGUGCAACAGGACAGAGCGUGUCCCGUCUGUGGGAGAAACAGGGCUGGCAAGCACUGGCCCGGUCAUGGUUUGGUCGUGGGGCUGGACAAUGCAACAUGCUGAAGGUGCUGUCACAAGGGGAGGACAGAGUGGCCCCAACCAGAGCCCCAGCAUCUCUACUGCAGUGAACAGCUCCUCCGCUCGAGCCCCAGUUAGGUGGCAUGAGCCAGGCGCAGGUGUCCAUCUGCCGUGUAACCAGAGCCUUUGGGCUUCACUUUCCCCAGCUGUGAAAUGGGGGUAUUGAUAUCGACCUUCCUGUGUGAAGCACUUUGAGAUCUACAGAUGCAAAGCUCAAGAUCGGAGCCAGGGAUCAUCAUGAUCG